AUGACCAGCCUGCAAGCCCCACUCCUCGUGGCUCUCCUACUUCUUGCUGUGGCACUUGAGACAGCUGAUGCGGGUCCCUAUGGUGCUAAUGUGGAAGACAGCACCUGCUGCCAGGACUACAUCCGUCACCCUCUGCCACCACGUGUCGUGAAGGAUUUCUACUGGACCUCAAAGUCCUGCCGCAAGCCUGGCGUUGUUUUGGUAACCAUCAAGGACCGUGAUAUCUGUGCUGACCCCAGGCUGUCCUGGGUGAGGAGGAUUCUCCGUAAGCUGGCCUACUGAGGAC